AUAUCGAUAAAUGGCACACGAAAUUCAUUUGUUUACAAACAUUGUUUUGUUUCUUAAGUAUUUUUAAAACUGCAACACAUCAUGGCAGAAAUCUCGUUGAAUAUAUCACAAAUAUCUAUGAGCUCCCAACUGUCCAAUGAGGAGGAUGCCAAAUGCUUUUGCGAUAGCUACACUUACGAUGACCUGAAGGAGUUUCUUGCCGAUUCCAGUCUCAAAAAACUGCUUUUGCCGUAUGUCCAUGAAAUUACGUUGGCCAAGCCGUUGUUUACACGUUUUAUCCAAGCCUUAUCCUGCGAUUUAACGUUAAGUGUUGACCAACUUUGUGACCUCUACAUACUGUCUAUUAUAAUGAUGACAUACCAGGAAGAGGAUCAACUAAUCAUGCUGGAGCGGCUCAAAUUAGUAGAGGUCAUCGGCAAUUUAACCGAUCAUCUGGAUCUGGAGGAUAUUAUUUUUAUAGCGUUUAGUAUAUACGAAAAAUUUGUUAUUAGCAUAGACCGUAUUGAAAAGGUCAUUGCUCUGCUGGCAUCCAUGCCAGCUAUAAUUCGCGCCUCAGCCUUGGCAGCUGAUAUUGCUGUCAGUCUGCUACUUAUCAUUUUAGCAAAGUAUACUAAAACUCCUCGCGGUUUGGAGAUGGGGCAAAAGCAGUUGGAAAAUGGUUUCAAUAUGAUCCAGCUAAUUGAUUGGCAGCAUCUGGAUGUCUCUGGCCGUCAUGCAGAGAUGUUUAUGGUAAUCAAAAGUUUCGGUCUAAUCAUCAAUUGCCGACGAAUGCGUGAAGCGUGUCCUGAUAGGGUGGGUAACGAAAUUCGUGAAUAUUUUUUAAAGAUUAGCAAGAGCAUAGACCACUCAUCGACUUAUGGAAUGAUGGUGGAGCGUUAUAUUGCAUAUUGUGUGAUUCGUGGAGUUUGCACAAGUAAUACAACACCAACUGAUCUGGUGUAGAACUUAUUUCUAUUUGCCACACAGCAACGUAUUUUUAAGUAUUUUUUGCUGCCUCUAGGAAGAAGCGUUUAUUCAUUUUUAUUUAUUAACUAAGAAUGUUAUUUAGUAACGGUUGACUUUAAGCACUAGUAGUACUAAUUGUAAGCGUUAAUUACACACCUUUCCUCAGUUGAAUCAAUGCAAUUUGAAUUCCAAUAUACAAACGACUGGAACUAGUUCUGCAUUGAUAUUGCUAAGGGGCCUAGUUCUAAGGUGCUUUUAGAAGCAACAAGCGAGGGUCAUGGGCACGUGUCGGAUUUGAUUUGAUUCCACGGCAUAAGCAGAACAGCAGCAUUUAAAAAUAAAAUAUACAUAAUACAUAUAUUAAAAAAUA